AUGGAAUCACGACGACGCAGAUCUAUAGGGAAUAAGUCACUUUUAAGCUAUUUGGAAAAAGAAAAAAAGCUAGAUAAUGUGAUAAGCAGGCUGGGAAGGGUUUCUCCAGAUUCUUAUGGAAAUUUUAAGGUGGAACCUCCCUUUAGGAGAACGAGGACCUUGUCUAAUGGUAGUAAAACACUGUUUGGAAAUUUGGACACAAAAGAGCAUCAUUUUUAUAGGCCAAGACAAGGGACUGGAAAGCUGAGGGAUAAGUUUAAGCGUUUUUUUAGCAGUGAAGAAGCCCCUAUUGAUUUAGAAAUUAAGAAAGCUCUGAAAGAGUAUGGACUGGAUAAUGUGAGUUAUGAUAAAAAAACAUUUGAAACGAAAAAGUUUAAUGUAUUCGAUAAAUAUUUCGGGGAGAAUGGGGAGAGGGAGCAAGCGUUUUUUAUUGAAAAUGUUAAAAAGUUGUAUAUUUAA